UGGAAAGCCACGAAGAAAAUCUCAACAGCGGAAGUGGGGUUUCAGCGGUCAUGUGGCUUUAUUGACAAAACCUUUAGCACUGUAUUUUAUUCAUAUUUGAUUGUUUGGGGGAACAUUCACAAGCGAAGCAAACAUGUCCGACAACGAGGACAAUUUUGAUGAUGGAGAUUUUGAUGAUGCCGAGGAGGACGAAGGGUUGGACGACCUGGAAAAUGCAGAAGACGAGGACCAGGAGAAUGUUCAGAUACUUCCAGCAGGAGAGGGCCAGCAGGCCAACCAGAAGAGAAUCACUACUCCAUACAUGACAAAGUAUGAGAGGGCCAGAGUUCUCGGGACCAGGGCAUUACAGAUAGCGAUGUGUGCCCCAGUCAUGGUGGAGCUGGAAGGAGAAACUGAUCCCCUGCAAAUUGCCAUGAAAGAACUUAAGAGCAGGAAGAUUCCCAUCAUCAUUCGCAGGUAUCUUCCCGAUGGCAGUUAUGAAGACUGGGGAUGUGAUGAACUUAUUAUAACAGACUGAGAUGUCAGUACAGUAUUUUUGCCACCUUCAAAUGCUUUGUGUGCAAGUUGCAUAGCACUAGUCAUUCUUAAAACUGCCCAUUACACAGAAAAACAUACAGUUUCCAUAUCUUGGUAGAAUACAUUAAUUUCUUUAUCUAUUCACUGUAGCUUGUAACUUGAUUUUGUUUUCUGUCAUGUCCAUUGGACAUGUUACUGUGUCUAGGGAAUUUUACAGAAUUCAAGAUUCUGAAAUGGUGGAAUGAGAAAAUAUGUUUUAUGUUUAUUUUGUGUGAAGACUGAAUAUUGUUUAAAAUGCAUAGGGAUGUUACCCUUUGAAAUGGGCACUAUUGUUCAACUCAUAAAGCGCAAUAUUAAUCAAAAAAAUAAUUAAAUGGAAGAUAAUUUUGAAACAUAAUAUUGGCUUGAUUUAAAGAAAAGUCAGGAAAAGUUGCUAAUGAGGUGGAAUACAUUAGAAAAGGUUUGUAUUAUUUAUCAGAUCAUUACGUGCCAGUCACAGCACUCCACCUGUAAAAUCACCAAGAACCACAAGGGGGCAAUGUAAUACAGUUUCUUGUAUGUUAUUUUUAUGUUGUAAAAAUAAACUUUUUUUAAAUGAAAAA